AAAGCAGUAGAUGAGCAAAUUCAACACAUAUCAUUAGACAAAAGAUUAAUCGAAUUUAUUCUAGAAGUACAACAAAAUCUAUCUGUAAAUAUUCAGGAAUACAAGAAUCAAUCAUUAUUUUCUAACACAAAAGAUUUGGUUAAAACUCCAGAAUACAAAAUGCAAAGUCUCUCGAUAAAUGAAUCAAUAUGGGAGCACGAUGUAUUGGAUCCUAUAGUAAAAUAUAUUACCUAUGAUUUAGAAGAAGAUAUUUUUAUUAGAUGUUCUAAAGGUCCAAUAAAGAAAAAUAAUAUAUUUGGAGUACAUAAAAGUGGUAUUUAUGAAUGGGAAGUUCUUCUUGGCGAAGUUUCUAAUGGACCUUUUGUUAAUACAAUGCAAACUCAAUCACACAUAUCCGACGAUCAUAUUAAACUUGGAAAAUGUGCAAAAGAUAUAUUGGAUGAUGCUCUAAAUUUUAUCAACUUAAAUUAUUCAACUGAAACCCCAAAUUUUAAGAUUAUUAAAGAAAUUAACAUCUUUUUAAUUCAUGCUCAUGAAACGAGCUUAGAACUUUUUAUUUUGGAUCAGAAAUUUGAACCAUUUUUUCGGUUAAGAAAGCUAUCUAAUAUUUUGAUUCCUUAUAAACCAGGCACAAUUGGUGGGAUUAUUGAUUUGGUUCAGA